GCUAGCCGCGCAUAUAUUUAAAGGCGGCUUUCUCACCCACCUGUUAUUCUGCCAAGUCUAGAGCGCUGCGAACGGACACACCUCGGGGAACCUAUCUUGCACACUUGCUUUUCGUGUUGUGACUGAAACAACAAAUCUUACAAAAUGUGUGACGACGAUGUUGCCGCUUUGGUUGUAGACAAUGGCUCCGGUAUGUGCAAGGCCGGAUUCGCUGGAGACGAUGCCCCGAGGGCUGUGUUCCCCUCUAUCGUCGGAAGACCACGCCACCAGGGUGUCAUGGUUGGCAUGGGACAAAAAGACAGCUACGUUGGAGAUGAAGCCCAGAGCAAGAGAGGUAUCCUGACUCUCAAGUACCCCAUUGAGCACGGUAUCGUCACUAACUGGGACGAUAUGGAGAAGAUCUGGCAUCACACCUUCUACAACGAGCUGCGUGUGGCACCAGAAGAGCACCCUGUGCUGCUGACUGAAGCUCCCCUGAACCCCAAGGCCAACAGGGAAAAGAUGACACAGAUUAUGUUCGAGACCUUCAACACACCCGCCAUGUACGUUGCCAUCCAGGCCGUGCUGUCUCUGUACGCCUCUGGCCGUACCACCGGAAUCGUGUUCGACUCUGGUGACGGUGUGUCCCACACUGUGCCCAUCUACGAGGGCUAUGCCCUGCCCCACGCCAUCCUCCGCCUGGACUUGGCCGGCCGUGACUUGACUGACUACCUGAUGAAGAUCCUCACAGAGCGUGGCUACUCUUUCACCACCACUGCCGAGCGUGAAAUCGUUCGCGACAUCAAGGAGAAGCUGUGCUACGUUGCCCUGGACUUCGAGCAGGAGAUGCAGACUGCUGCUUCCAGCUCCUCCCUGGAGAAGAGCUACGAGCUUCCCGAUGGUCAGGUCAUCACCAUCGGCAACGAGCGUUUCCGUGACCCCGAGGCUCUCUUCCAGCCGUCCUUCCUCGGAAUGGAAACCGCCGGCAUCCACGAGACCACGUACAACAGCAUCAUGAAGUGCGACGUGGACAUCCGUAAGGACCUCUACGCCAACACCGUGCUGUCUGGUGGCUCCACCAUGUUCCCCGGCAUCGCCGACAGGAUGCAGAAGGAAAUCACGGCCCUGGCCCCGCCCACCAUGAAGAUCAAGAUCAUCGCUCCACCAGAGAGGAAGUACUCUGUAUGGAUCGGUGGCUCCAUCCUUGCCUCUCUGUCCACCUUCCAACAGAUGUGGAUCAGCAAGCAGGAGUAUGACGAGUCUGGCCCUAGCAUCGUGCACCGCAAGUGCUUCUAAACGGACAGUAAAAACCUAACCAAAGACUGAGAACAGACCGGGUUUCAAGUCUCGCUAUCAUGAUGGAGACUUGCUCCAUAAAAACCUUUCCACGUUAACUUGCUAUAAUCAAUGUCAACUCAUUUUUGUGCCUAAAAUUUUGUUCAAGCGCACAUAAACUGUCCUGUUCAUUUGACGUGUAUGCAUGCCUCAAACUAUACAGGCCCAAAAAUGUUAAACUAACACCAAUCUAAACUUGGAAAAUCUUAUCCUUUCGAGGCGGUACUUUGUUCUAUUGGUACUAAAGCUUAACUGAAAUGUCCGUUUCCAUCCUUGGCAUUUCUAGCGCGGCUGUUUAUAAUGGUUGCUUCAACGGUUGCAUGGGCUGUGGUAAUUCACAUGAAGUGAAUUAGAAAUGGUUAGCCCCUGUGGGACAUGCCCCCAUAGGAAAUGAACUUGGGGCUGUUGAAACAUCUGAAGCUAUGAAUCGGGAGGACUCCCAGCGCCGCAGUUUUUUCUUUAUAACUUAAAAAAAACUUGUAUAUUUAGAUAAAAGUAAUUUUUGUUACUGGUGAGGGCAAUUUGUUGGUUUGUGUACUAUUUUUUGACUUCUAGUGAGAAAGUUGCUAAGGCCAAAAAAUAAAAAGUUGUAAUUUCUUUGUAAA